AUGGCUGAAUGCUUGAAAAAGCCCUUCAAAGACAGUCUGGAUGACAUAAAAGAACGAAUGAAAGAGAAAAGAAAUCAGAAAUGGAUGCGGCUGGGUAAAAGUAGCCAGCCCUUUUUACCCUUUACAGCCACUGCAAAGGGCAAAAGAGCAACUAACAGCUCCAUGCAAAUGAAGAGCAUCCAGGCCAACAACAGAGCUCUAGCUCUGGCUUUGCAAGAAGAAAAGAUCAAACUGAGGGAUGCCCAGGUUACCAUUCUUCGUUUAAGGAGGGAUUAUCAAGAUCUGAAGUUUCAGAUGUUUGACUUGCAAAGAGCUCUUAGUUUUCAGCAAGCACAAAGGCUUGUUGAGAAUCAACUGUCAUCCUUAAACGAGGUAAUUUCAAAAGUUUCUCAGAACUUACUGGACUCGAUCGAUCUCCUUGGCCCAGCAAAGAAUUUGUGUUCCAUAGGUUUAAAUCAGAGAAUGCUUUCUUCAGUUCUUGAAGGUAGUUCCAGUGUCGCAGAACAAACGCACUCAGUAGGAAUUCUACAGUGUGCUAUUGGAGACGAUCAAGUACUUCCAAGUGGGAUGGAGGCUGAUAGUGAUAGAAAUGAGCUGGCUCAUUCUGUGUCAACAAUCUGCGAAGAACCUGACAAUGCCACUUCCUUCAUCAAAAUAGUUCCAGACAAAGGGCGAACAUCUGAUUUUCAUCUGGAUGACAUAGGGUCAGAGCUAGAAGAUGUUUCCUCAAGUGGAGAGGACAGAUUUGGUAAUACGUUACCAAAAAGUGUGUCCAUCAGGCGCUGCCGUUCAGCGAUGAGAAAUCACUAUGAGCUUUGCACUGGUGUCUUGGACCGUUCAGAAGCACCUGAUUCAACAAGAGAACUUUCUAAACAGGAUGAAAUUAGACUGGAGGAAAGUCUAGAGAGGUGUGCUAUAGAAAACAUAAAUUCAGAUGUUUCUCAGUUGAAUGAAAACAAGGUGGGUUCCAAGCCGGCAUCGAGGCGGGCAGAGUCGGAAACUACGGAAUUCAAUUUAGACGAUAAUUCUGAUCUUAAACAUAAACAACGCGAGUGUAAAAGCAGAGAUGACUCUCAAGUAAGGAGAGAGAAGCAUUCAAAGAGAAAACUGGAAUGGCCUAAAAGUACUUCAAAGCAAAGACCAAAACAAAGACAGCGUAAAGAGGCUUCCAAAGAAAAGCUGGAUUUCUUAGGUGGCUCCAAUGAUGCUUACGACUUUCAUUUUGAAGAGCGUGUCCAUGUUACACCUUUUCGAACAAAUAAGGUAAAUGACACGGAUACUGGAAAGGAUGACAAAGACGACUCAUCUGAAACGAAUACCAUCGAGUCGAGUGAUAUCGAAGAAGAUUCAGAUGACAUCCUCUAUGAGCCUUAUAAGAGUAGAUCAAAAAAAAGGAAGAGUUCAGUGGGCGAGACGGACAUGUCGCCUGUCUGUGCAAGGCCAAGGUCCAAAAGAUGUUUGGCGCAGCGUGAGCAGAAACUCCAUAAGGAAAAAGAGACGGACAGCAAUAAAUCAAGUGACAGUUCUAUUAGGCAGCCUGCUGAGCCAUCUCGUGGUCAUCUUUGUGAUGUUACCAAUACUGCUUCGUUGCUCCCCAGCACCGGGAACGCAACUGUUACCCCAGAAGGUGAAGGACCACGAUCUCCAAAACGCAAGCGAAGCUGCACUCUUAGUGUGAGCUACAAAGAGCCAAGUAUUGCAGGGAAACUGAGGAGAGGAGAUCCAUUUACAGAUACAAAUUUUCUGAAUUCUCCAAUUUUCAAGCAGAAGAGAGAUGCUAAAGGCAGUUCUCUUCAUAAAAAAUCUCUGUCAAAAUACAACGAGAAAUUCAUUGGUUGUUGCUGA